AUGGCGGACGUUUCGGUCUCAGAGGCGCCCCCCGCGCCGGACGCACAGCUCCAGCCUGUGCAGUACCCCACGUUCGAGGAAGAACUCGAGAACCUCGCGUGCCGCUUCAUCGUCAACUUGCCGGCGAAUGAGCUGACAUCCAUCGAGCGCAUCGGCUUUCAGGUGGAGCUCGCGUACAACCCUAAUCUUCCGCAGCGUGCGCAGCGCAAGUUUACCGAAGAGCUGCUCCAGGUCGCGUCGCGCGCCGUGCCGCUCAUCCAGCUGUACACAAGCAGCGGCCCGUCGAGCCUGAACAGCGCGUACUCCCAGUUUAUCGAGUACAAGACGCGCGUGCCGGUGUGCGGAGCCAUCAUCCUCUCGGACGACUGGACGCGCUGCCUCCUCGUCAAGGGCUGGGGCAAGGGCGCCUCGUGGACGUUUCCCAAGGGAAAGAUCAAUCAGGACGAGCCGAAGCGCGACUGCGCCGUGCGCGAGGUACGCGAGGAGACCGGCUUCGACGCGAGCGAGUGGCUCCCUGAGGACAGCAAGGACUACUUCGAGCUCACGCAGCGCGAGCAGCGCAUCCGUCUCUAUGUGAUCCCGGGUGUGCCCAGUGACACGCCGUUUGCGACACAGACGCGCCGCGAGAUCUCACGCAUCGAGUGGUUCAAGCUGGGCGACCUGCCGACCGCGAAGAAGCCAAAGACCCCAUCCGCGGAGCGCGGCGGCAAGUUCUACAUGGUGAUGCCAUUUGUCAUGCGCCUCCGCCGCUGGAUUCAGGCUAACAGGCGCACACACCCGCGACGCCCCGCGACGCCCGCUGCCAAGGACGAGAACCGUAUCCAGGUCGACGAGCUCUUUGCGUCGGCAGCGCCUGCCCCGACUCGCAAUGCGACGCCAGGCCUGAUCAGCCUGCCGCCCUCCGCCCUCCGGCAGAUGGCCGCACACGCCAAGGCUUCGACGCCCGAGCCCCGCAGCGCGCCCAAGGAACAGGCACCGCCAUCGCUCCAGCCACUGCCGGCACCGCCGUCGAGCGCGGACACACAGCCACGUAUGGACGGGACAACGGCACUGCGGGCGCUGCUGGGGAUGCAUCAGCCGAUGCCCUCCGCGCGCAAGCCCGCGGAGGCGGCGCAGAUGCCGCGCGCACCGGCGCCGGAUCAGAAUCGCCACACGCUGCUGUCGAUCCUCAACGCAUCAGCGCCCCAGGCACUCUCUCCGGCGCCGUCGACAUCCCAAGCUCCGCCCCCGACACCGAUGGCCCCCGGCCCCAUGCCCCACCCUGGACCGGUGGUGCCGCCGAAAACAGGACCGACUGCUCUGCCACACACGCCAGGUCCCGUGCACCCUCUGACUCCCCCGCAGGCGCCGUCUGCGAGCGACUCGCACCGCGCGCAGCUCAUGGCUAGCCUGCUGGGCCCGUCACGGCCGCCGGCAGGACAGGCCUCGCCUUGGCCACAGCCGGCCGAGCAGACGCCACAACCGUCCGCCCCACCGUCGCUGCUAUCGACGCUCCUUGGCCCGGUCGCUGCGCCGCCCAUGGGUCCUCCCGCUCACGCAUCGCCAGCUUCCCGACCGGCGCCGCCGCUGUUUGCGCAGGCGCCGCCGCAUGCUAACCCCGGCGCCCAGAACCUGCUCAGCAUCCUGAAUGGGCCCCCGACCCAGUCGCCGCCACCAAGCACGAGACCCGAUGCAUCGAAUGCAUUGCUAGCCACGCUUCUGCACGGACAAGAAAAGUAA